AUGCAACAUCAUCCUACACAACAAGAACAGCGCAUCAAUGGACCCCACCAUCCCCAGCGUACACAGCACACGCCUCAAUCGCAGAUAUGGUCUCAUCAUGCUUCAAUAUCGCACAACCUUUUUCAACAGCAUAUCGAUGAGGCAUUCGACCGUGGUAGUAGCAACAGAGGUGGGAUGCAGGGCUUUUGGGCAAGGAAACGAGGGACUCUUGACGAAGAGGACGAUUUGAUUGCGAAGAAACGAAGCAAGGGAUCUGGAGCUGAUUCACCUGGUGUGUUUGGAUGGCCCAACUUACUUGAAUCAGUAACCAGUAGUCCUGGAUAUGGGUCCCCAAAUACGAACCAAGCAUACUUGGAGCGGUACUCGACUCCUCAAUAUGACUCUGCAACGCCACCGUUCGAGCCUACCCUUUUUCAAGUUCAGGCCACAUCCAAUCCCGUCUCUCCCUCGCCGAACAGAGAAGUGGGACAUGUGCAUGAUGUAGAACAAAGGCCUGCUCUAUUAGGAUCAAUGCGACCAGUGCCUCCUGCACCGCCUUCUCCGAGCGAAAGCAUUAGAGAGAUCGGGGAGCAGAGCAGUAUAUCCUCGGACCAUAGUAGUGAUUGUAGUAGUACCAACAGUAGCAUGGAUAGUAGGAGCUAUAGCAAUCGGUGGGGACCUAUAGAGCAUAAACCUCUAACGAGGACACGGUUAGGUUCUAUUGAAGUGAAAGAGGGAUAUACACAUGCUUCUGGGAUAGAGAAGAGGGAUUCAAGUGGACGAGGCGUGUUUGUGAUGGGAUUUCGGCCUGGAUGCGAGCGAUGUCAGCGACGGGAGAAGGGCCACUUUGCGCAUUAUGAAUGA